GGCUUUGCACGGUCUGUGCCGGCUGCUCGCUUGGACAGACAGGCGAAGGGACCGGCGGCGUUGCCAGCCGCGGCAGUCCUCGGCUGCUUUCCUUCUCAGUAGCAGCCCCGCCCCGAAGGAGCCGAGCCCCCAGAGGCACCGCCCUGGGUCGGCAUUCGAGCAGCAUCUGCAGCGAACUGUCUCGUCGCGACCCGACGGCUGCCUGGAACCGGGCCAGCCUCGCCUCAGGGGCAGCGGCGAGGUCGGCGAGCCUUCAGCGCUUCAGCCGGGGAGGCAACGCGGAGCGAAGCGCCGGCUUCUGCCCUGCUUGACAAGUGCUGGGAGGAGAGUCUCCUCCCGGGAGUGGAGGUGCCUGUGCGGGCAUGCAGCCGGGCAACGCCGAGAUCCGUGCCGGGGACCGGCUAACCGGGGCUGCUGCCCGGGGGGAUGUAGCUGAAGUCCGACAGCUCCUGCAUCUGGAGCUGGUGCAUCCUGACUCCCAUAACCGCUUUGGCAAGACUGCGCUGCAGGUAAUGAUGUUUGGUAACAUCUUUGUGGCUGAAGAACUGCUGAAGCAAGGGGCCAACCCUAACAUCCAAGAUGGGUCGGGCACAACACCUGCCCAUGAUGCUGCUCGCACUGGCUUUCUCGACACCUUGAAAAUCUUGGUGGAACACGGUGCAGAUGUCAAUGUCCCAGAUGCUUCUGGCUCACUGCCCAUCCAUGUUGCUGUUCGGGAAGGUCACACAGAUGUGGUAUGCUUCCUGGCACCUCAGUCCCAACUGCAGCAUAAGGACUCCAAGGGGCGGACACCACUGGAGCUAGCACAGCAUCUCGGGCUUUCACACAUCCAGGGCAUCCUUGAGCAGCACCUCUCUGUCCCAGCUUAGCUUCAGGAAGGGCCCUCUGGUCUGGGCCAAGCUAACUCCCCCCUGCCUGCUAGGCCUCUUUUCCCCAAGACUGUCCUUUUUCCCCCGAGCCCUGGAACAAAGGCAGCUCCUCCUGCCCUACCUCAAAACGUGUGUUGGAUUAUUUGUUUCUAUUUAUACAUAUUGUUUGAGUUCUCAUCUGUAUUACUGAUUUCCAGCUUUUUCCAAAUCUGCCAGUCCCUUGGGAGCCCUAUGACUCUUGAGCUGCAGCAUUACUGCUUAACCUGCUCUAGUCACCACCCUCUUGCAUUUCUUUCUUGGGAUGGUCCCAAGCAUUAGAAUAAGCAUUGGUGGAUAGCAUUCAGGUUGAACAGAUUGGGGUCUUUUUGAUGCAAAGCCUGCAUUCACUGCUAGGCUGGGACCUCCUUCCACACCCCCUGCCCCCGAAUUUCAGUGGUCUUGUGACCCUUGGAGUUUUCCCUUCAGGACUAUAAUUCUGCAUCCUUCUUCUAUUCAAUGUACAUGUGGAGGAUCUAGCAAUUCUCUGAUGCAUUGCACUAGGUUCCUAACAAGGAUUAUCAUGGUGAUUAUCAUCCUAUAACACCAGCAGUAAAUAAAUUAAAUGGUGGGUGCCAGAAAACUAGCCUUGAAUGGAAGACAUUACUAGGAUUUUAUUCUUAUCUUUGUGGGUGGGACAUUUGUCCCCACUUGCUCUGCCAAAUACAGGAUCCAGAAUUCCAUAAGGCCUAAUCGUACAGGAGUCUAACUAUUUUUGUUAAGGUUUUCACCCAUUUUGGGAUCUUCCUAGUUUCUAUCUCAGGAGAUCUUGUGAUUCCUGAGCCAUUAGUAGCUGUUUCCAUCUUGGCAUUUUGGUAGUUAGCCAUGCCUUUUACGUACUUCUAAAGUGUGCUGAAUCUUUUAUCUUUGGCUAAAGUGUUUAAGGCUUGUUUUGAAGGCUUGUUCCCUGUAAUGAAUUUGUGGAUCUAAGCAAUGUGAAAUGUAUUCUAUUUAUUGUGAUUUGCAAGGGUGUGUUUAAUGGAAUGACUAAUUUAAUUAUUAAAAACAUUAAAUCU